AUGGUGCUUGUGCGGACCAGCUUUCCCCCAUGCCCUCUACCUCCAAAUGCUCAGCGGCCUCCCAUCAAGACUAAGCGCCUCAUCCUGCGUCCGAUUAUCGAAAGCGACCUCGAGGGCAUGCACAGAUUACGCACACAACCGGAAGCAAUGACCGGCACGUCACGCGGCGUGCCAGACACAAGCAUGGACGAGACACGCAAGGCGAUGGAGUUCUUUCUGCCGCCCAACGACGGCGUGCAGUACCUCUUUGGCAUCUUCUGGCAGGCCACGGGAGAGCUGAUUGGCGAGGGGGGCAUCCACAACCUCGAGUCGGGCAGCAGCGGGUGGCCAGAGAUUGGGUACAAGCUGCGGAAGGAGUUUUGGGGCCAGGGCGUAGGCACAGAGUUCCUCAGGGCCUUUGUGGCUUCAUGGUGGGCGCUGCCAGGCCGGGAACCGAUUGUGCGGAGGGUUCAUCGAGACAGCUGUACUGAGGAGCCAGUGGACGUGGUUGAGCAUGUCUAUGCCAACACGGACUGGGACAACAUUGGCAGCCAGAAGGUGAUGGAAAAGGUGGGGUUUGUCAAGUUUACGGAGUGGACGGAGCCAGAGACGCGGCUCAACCUGCAGGGUCAGACGUCGAGACUGUUUGGAUAUCGACUGGCCAGGCCAGUCACGCCAGUGGCCUGA